AUGUGCUUGUUUACAAUUGAAGCUUACUAUAGCAGAGGCGAACCCAGGAUUUUAAGACGGCAGGGGCACCAUUAUCUUAACAUAAAAGAGAGUGUAAUCAGAAAACAUUGGAAUACUAAGGCAGCAACAAAGUAUAGGAAUUUCAUUAGCAAAAUUAAACAAAAAAGGAUUAAGCCGGAUUAUGUGUCUGAUAAUGUGUGGGAACGUUGGUUGCAACUUUGGGCGGAUCCUAAGUGUGUCGAAAAGUCGGAAAUAAAUACAAAGAAUCGUUGUGGAGGGAAAAAAGUUGUUGCCGGGACUCACACGGGUGGCUCUAUCUGCAUUGGGGAGCAUCGCAAGAGACUUGCUGUUGCAAAGGGUCGAGAUCCAACACCAGGUGAGGUACAUUUGCAUGUCCAUACACAUGAUCAUGAUGGAGAAUCUUUUGUUGAUGAGCGUGCCCGAGCUGUCCAUGAAAGAUAUCAAGAAAUAUUACGGGAAAAAUCACAGUCUCAGUCUGAUAUUGAUCAAUGUGAAGCAUAUUACGAAGCUGCUGGGGGAACAAGGAAGAGAAGAAUAUAUGGUCUUGAAUCUCAAGCACAAAGUUAUUAUGGGCCGAAUCUUUGUGUCAAUUUUGGCUUUAAUGCUUCAGCAUCAGCAGCACCUUCAACUUCUCAAUCAGCACCUACAGAAAAUAUGGAGGAGUUAGUGAUGCGAUUGAUUCCUACACUGACUGAUCGCUUGCUUCCUUUAUUUAUUGAGAAGGCACGCGGAGUGAUUUCUUCACCAUCACAUCAUCCAAAUACUCCUAUCGACAAACCAUCAGUUGUGACACCCAUAGUGCCUCCUCCUACUACUGCUAAUGUUGACGAUGUUGAUCCUUUAGUUUCUGAUGAUGAUCGUAGUCCUUCACCCAUGCAUUAGUUUUUUAUGUUAUCUGCUUUUUGUUGGAAAGAACAAAAUUAUGCACUAACAAUACUUGAUGGAUGUGUGGGUUCUUUUGGUAGUUGAUAGCUUGGUGUUGUCGGUGUUUUGGACUUAACGAUUAGGA